AUGGAUCAAAAUCUGUUUGGAGGAGCCCCCAGGUUCCUCACCCGCCCAAAGGCGUUCUCGGUGUGUGUGGGAAAGGAUGCCACGCUGAGCUGCACUAUUGUGGGCAGCCCCACCCCGCUGAUCACCUGGGAAAAAGAAAAGCUGAAGCUAACAUCUGGGGGCCGCUUCAAGACCGUGGAGGAUGGAGACGUAUACCGCCUGACCAUCUACGACUUAACGCUGGAGGAUAGUGGACAAUACAUGUGCCGAGCCAAAAACAGUGUUGGGGAAGCGUAUGCUGCUGUGACCGUUAAAGUGGCCCUGCCAACAGAGAUGUCUCAGAGGGCCCCUGUUUUCAUGGUGAAGCCCACCUCUGCACGUGUGGGUCUAGGAGGUGAUGUUGUUUUCCUCUGCCGGGUUGCAGCUUACCCUGAAGCCAACUUUGAUUGGGAGAAGGAUGGGCGCUACCUGGGGGAGACGAAUCGCAUUAAGAUUGUUUCUGACAGCGACAGCAGCACCUUGAAGAUCCAGAGUGUGCGUAACCUGGACAGCGGCACCUACACCUGCAGGGCCCAGAACGCAGUUGGUCGUGCUCACGCUGCAGCCGCUCUUGUUGUAGACGCUCAGGAUUCUCGGCACCUGGCUUCAGAUAAGAGCACCUCCCUCCUCUCUCACCUGCAGAAGCGCAAAGAGGAAAUGAAGAAAGACAUCGCCGUCUAUCGCACUGACGAAAGCAGCACCACAGUCUCGUCCUCCUCUAAAACCAACAUCACGGAUGCUUUGAGUUCUCUGCGUCUGGAGCAUGAGCUGAGGGCGUCUGCACUGGCGAAGCUUCCCAAAGGUGUGUUCACCCGUACCUGCACAGUGACUGAGGGCAAACACGCCAAACUCAGCUGCUUUGUGACGGGUCACCCCAAGCCCCACAUUAUCUGGAGGAAGGAUGGGACAAACAUCAGCGAGGGCCGCCGGCACGUGAUUUAUGAGGACCAAGCUGAGAAUUUCAUCCUCAAGAUCCUGUAUUGCAAGCAGAGUGAUAAUGGUCUGUACACCUGCAAUGCAACCAAUAUGGCUGGGCAGACCUACAGUGCUGUGUUGGUAACAGUCAAAGAGCCUAAAGUGCCAUUCAAGAGGAAGCUGCAGGAUGUGGAGGUACAAGAGAAGACCUCAGCCACUCUGAUGUGUGAGGUGCCUCUUAUAGCCACCCAGGCCAACUGGUUCAUGGAGGAAACACGGCUGGAGCAAACUACAAAAUAUCGCAUGGAGGAGGAAGGCACUCUGCGUCGUCUCACCAUACACAACGUCACCACCAAUGAUGACGGUGUUUACAUCUGCGAGAUGAAAGAGGGCAGCCGCACUGUGGCUGAGCUCACUGUCCUAGGAAACAUUACUAAGAAGCUUCCUCGACGGACAGUUGUUCCUGUUAGUGACACCGUCAUCUUCUGUGUGGAGCUGGAACAUCCCUGCCCAGAUGCCUACUGGACUCGCAAUGGCGAGAAGUUGAAGCAAGAUUCCCGUAUUUCCAUUGCCUGUGUGCUUAGACAAUACACACUCACAAUUAGAGACUGCCAGGCAGAUGACUCUGGAGAGGUGGCCUUUGUAGCUGGAGACUGCAAGACUUCCACACGCUUCACUGUCACUGCUGCACGGAAGCAUCCUCCUGAUCCCCCAGUCGAUGCUGUGGUGCAGAACAAGACUGACUCGUCCAUCACCAUUCAGUGGUCUCCUCCUGACAGUGAUCGUCCCGUACCCAUCAAAGGCUACAUCGUGGAGAAGAGGAAGGUUGGUACUCAAACAUGGCAGAGGUGCAAUGCUGGAGAAAACAUUAUUUCAACAGAGAUUACCAUCUUCAACUUCACCGAGGAAGCCUCCUACCAAUUCCGUAUCUCUGCCAUGAAUGACUUUGGCCAGAGUCCGUACCUGGAGGUACCUGGAAGCUUUUACCUUGAACCCAGUGCAGAAAUCACAAAAGGCCUUAUGAACAGCACUGCAAUCUGUGGAGAGGAGCUCUCUAUUUCUGUGGAGCUGUCUGCUGUCUGCUCAGGCUUCUGGUCGCUAAAUGGCCGCCUGUUGCGCAGUGGAGCUGACUACCUCAUCACCAGAAUAAAGAACGUCCACACGCUGCUCAUCCGUGUUGUGACCAUGGAAAUGAAUGGAGUUGAGGUCAAGUUUGUGGGUGGAGGUUCACAGAGCAGUUGCAUCCUCUCUGUGAAAGCCCCUUCAGUCAGGUUUACCAACAAGUCAGAUCAUCUGGAGGUGGUGACCUGCAGUGCACAAGCCACUGCUCAGCUGACUGCUGAGGUGUCAGAUUACAAUACGCAGGUGGUUUGGAUGAGAAACGGGCGGGAGGUAAAAAUGGGCAAAAAGUAUGAAUAUGUGAUAAGUGAACGCAAGAGGAUCCUGAUGGUACACAAUGUUACAGAAGAGGAUGUGGGCGUGUACGAAUGUGUUUUGGCUGAUGACAGGCUGCCCAUACAACUCACUCUUAAAGAUGAACCUGCAAAGUUUCUAAACAAAGCCAGAGGUACCAUGGGAUUGUCGUCGUCCCUUAAAGGAGAUCUUGAGCUGAGCUGUGAGGUAUCUCCUGCCAGUGCUGUUGUUGUGUGGAGAAAAGAUCAAGUGGAGAUCACUGAGGACCAAAGAACUACCAUCAUCUCCAAAGGGACUCAAAGGAAGCUCAUCAUCAAGAGCGCCAAGAAAAGUGACGAGGGACAUUACUCCUGUGAGACAGCAGCUGAUAAAGUCACAUUCCAGGUCAAGAUAAAAGAAGCUCAAGCUGCAGCUGCCUUCUCCAACAAGGAGUCAGUCCAGAGGGAGGUGAAAGCCACUCUCUCCCAGAAGGCAACUCUUAGUUGCAAUGUGUCCGACAGCAAGACAGAGGUGAAAUGGUAUAAAGACGGCAAGCUGUUGGUGUCCAGCAGGACGAUAUACUCAGAAACAAAAGGCAAUACUCGUCAUCUGGUGAUCGAAAAGGUGGAGAAGAGUGAUGCUGGAGAAUAUACCUGUGAAGCUGGAGGGGACAAGCUGGUCUUCAGAAUAUUUGUGUCAGAUGCCCAGUCAGCUUUCUUCAACAAGGAGGCUGUUCAGAAGGAAGUGAACGCCACUCUCUCCCAGAAAGCUACCCUGAGCUGUGAGGUGGCUGACACCAAGACAGAGGUGAAAUGGUACAAGGAUGGCAAACUGCUUGCUUCAAGCAAGACGAUCCAUACUGAAUCAAAAGGCAAGAGUCGGCAGCUGGUGAUUGAGAGCGUAGAGAAGAAAGAUGCUGGAGAGUACAUCUGUGAGGCUGGGACUGAGAAGCUGGCUUUUAGGAUGCAGGUGACAGAGGCCAAGCUUGCCUUCUCCAACAAGGAGUCUGUCCAGAAGGAGGUGAAAGCUAUUCUGUCUCAGAAGGCCAGUCUGAGCUGUGAGGUUUCUGAUUCCAAGACAGAGGUGAAAUGGUACAAAGAUGGCAAGCUGCUCACUUCUACUAAGACAGUACAUACAGAGUCAAAGGGAAAAACUCGGCAGCUCUUGAUAGACAACGUGGAGAAGAAAGAUGUUGGAGAGUACAUCUGUGAAGCUGGAACUGAAAAGCUUGUCUUUAAACUUCAGGUGCAAGACACUCAGGUCCAGUCAGCUUUCUCCAACAAGGAGUCUAUCCAAAAGGAGGUGAAAGCCACUCUCUCCCAGAAAGCCACCCUGAGUUGUGAGGUAGCUGAUACCAAGACAGAGGUGAAGUGGUACAAGGAUGGCAAGCUGCUCACCUCCAGCAAGACAAUACAUGUAGAGUCUAAGGGCAAAAGUCGCCAGCUGGUGAUAGACAGCGUGGAGAAGAAGGAUGCUGGAGAGUACAUCUGUGAGGCUGGGACUGAGAAGCUGGCCUUUAAAAUACACGUGGAAGAAGCCCCAGCUGGCUUCUCUAACAAGGAGUCAGUCCAAAAGGAGGUGAAAGCUACUCUCUCCCAGAAAGCCACUCUGAGUUGUGAGGUUUCAGAUGCAAAGACAGAGGUGAAAUGGUACAAGGAUGGCAAGCUGCUGACUUCCAGCAAAGCAGUCCACAUGGAGUCAAAGGGCAAGACUCGUGAGUUGGUGAUAGAAAAAAUGGACAAAAAAGAUGCCGGAGAAUACACUUGUGAGGCUGGAACAGAGAAGCUGAUAUUUAAGCUGCAGUCGACAGAUGUAGCCGUCAAAUUCCAGAAGAAGCUUGUCAAAGACACAUCUAUUGUUCAAGCAAGUGAAAACAUUGUUUUAACCACCGAGCUGACUGCAGAGAGUGGUAGUGUGAAGUGGUUUAGAGAUGGAGUGGAACUCAGGGAGAGCAGCAAGUAUGAAAUGAAAAAAGAUGGCCUUUCUCGUACUCUGAUUGUGAAAUCCACAGAAACCAAAGACAGUGGCACAUACUCCUGUCAAACUGCUGGUGACAAACUGGAGUUCAAAGUUCAGGUUAGAGAUUCGGCUUUGAAGUUUGUUGUACCUUUGACACCUGCUACAGUGGAGUUGGGAGGUACACUUAGCCUGAUUUGUGAACUAAAUCAGCCCUCAGGGGAUGUUGUCUGGCACCGUGAUGGUCGUGAGAUUAAACCUGGAGGCAGGUACUCCGUCAGAACAGAUGGUGCUAAGCGAGUUCUUACCGUGACUGGCAUGGCUAAGGAAGAUGAAGGAGAAUACAGAUGUGAAUGCAAAACUGACAAAACCUCUGCUAAAGUCACUUCUAAAGCUCCGAGACAAGUGAGGCUGACCACUAAACUGAACAAUGUAGCAGCUAUGGAGGGGAAAGAUGCCAUUUUCAAGUGUGCUGUCAGCCCAUCAGAUGUCAGCGUUAAAUGGUUCCACAAGGAUGUACCCAUCACUGCUGGGCCCAAGUACAAGUUAGAACACGGCGGCAGCAGCCACUCACUUACCAUUACCUCUGUCACUCAGAAAGAUGCAGGAGAAGUCAGUGUUGAUGCAGAAGGCAAAAGCUGCAAAGCUACCCUGCAAGUGCAACAUGAACCUGUGACAUUUAAGAAGAAGCUAGAAAACCUGACAGUGGAGGAGCAAAGUGAGGCGAAGCUGGAAGUGGAACUCAGUAAGGUGUCAGGUGAAGUCAGGUGGAUGAAGAACAGUGUAGUGCUGCAGCCAGCAGGAAACAUGGAGAUUCGGGUAAAUGGAGCUAAACAGGCUCUGGUUUUCAAGAGUGUGACCCAUGCUGACCGUGGAAUCUACUCUUGUGAAACUCUGGAUGACAAGACCCAGGCCAAGCUCAGCGUAGAAAUGAAGAAGAUUCAAAUAAUAAAGAGUCUGACAGAAACGAAGGCACAUGAAACAGAGACAGUAACGCUUGAAGUAGAGCUCAGUCAGGCUGAUGUUGAAGGCUCCUGGAGCAGAGAUGGGACCAAGUUAAAAUCAGUGGGAAAUUGCCGCAUCACAGCUCUGGGGAAGAAGCAUACCUUGACGUUGUCCAGUCUCAAGAGGGAGGAUGCAGGAACUAUUUCCUUCCAAGCAGAGGGAGUUCAUACUUCAGCCAAACUGAUUGUCUCAGAACCUCCUGCCAUGAUCUCCAAACCCAUUAUGGAUAUCAGUGUUGCUGAGAAGGAGAAAGUUACUUUUGAGUGUGAAGUGUCCAGAACAAAUGCAGACGUUAAAUGGUUCAAGGACGAUGUGGAACUGAAACCAGGGAAGAACUUUGGCCUUCAUUCCUUAGGCCGGAAGCGCUCUUUGGUCAUCAACAAAUGCACCCCUGAAGAUGGAGGCACUUAUAUCUGUCGCACUGCUGAUGAUAACACCUCUGCCAAGCUCACGGUUCAUGCCAGAGAAAUCAAGAUUGUUAAAAAGCUGGAGGAUCUGGAGGUGAUGGAGAAAGAGAGUGCCUCAUUUGUCUGUGAAAUCUCACACGAUGAAGUAGAGUACCAGUGGUAUAAAGGAAAUACAAAGCUCAAAGCCAGUGACAACAUCAAGAUGAGACAAGAGGGCAGAACCUAUGUACUGCUGUUUAGGUCAGUUACUCCAGAAGAUAUGGGUGAGAUUAAAUUCACAGCUGAGAAAGCAUCUUCAACUGCAAAACUUAAAGUAAAAGAGCUGCCUGUCAAGUUUGUGAAGAGACUCAGGGAUAAGAUAGCGAUGUAUAAGCAUCGUGGUCAUCUCGAAUGCCAAGUGUCGCGGGCCAGUGCAAAGGUCAGGUGGUACAAGAACAAGACAGAGAUCAAACCCAGCAAAAAGUACGAGAUCAAAAGUGAAGAUGUGUACCGAAAGCUCACCAUCAACGAUGUGGACGAUAGGGAUGAAGACACCUAUACGUGUGACGCCACUGAUGACAAGACAUCCUGUAAACUGCUUGUGGAAGAGCAGUCCAUCAGCAUUGUACGAGAACUUAGUUCGGUAGAAGUCACAGAACCCUUUGCAGCUGUUUUUGAAGUUGAAAUCAGCAUGGAAUUAGUGAAACCUCCUGUGUGGACUUUGAAUGGAGUUGCUGUGCAGGAGGGUGCUGAUGUUGAGAUGGAAAAAGAAGGCACUAUGCAGCGUCUCACCUUCAAAAAGACCAAAGCAUCGAUGACAGGACCUGUGCAGUUUACUGCUGGGAAGAGCAAAUCUUUAGCUCAGCUCACAGUCAAAGAGCGUCCGCUUGAGAUUGCAGAGCCCAUCAAAGAUGUGAAGGCGAAAGAGAAAAGCUCAGCCAUACUCACCUGCAAAUUCUCUGCCUCACCCAAAGGGGUUAACUGGUUCAAGGGUGCGGUACCUCUGGCAGCAUCAGAUAAGUAUAAUAUUAAGCAAGAUGCUACAAGGGCACAACUCACUAUUCAUAAGUUGACUGUGGAAGACACUGGAGAGUACCGCUGUCAGUCUGGACCGGCUGAGACCAAAGGCACACUUCAUGUUGAAGCACGUGAAAUUAAGAUCACCAAGCACUUGGCUGACACAGAAGUUGAUGAAGACAGUGAUGCAGUGUUCACCUGUGAGAUUAACUAUGCAGAUGAAGAGGUGCAGUGGCUUCUGAAUGACAAAGUGCUCUUUACUAAUGAGGUCAACACCAUCGCUCAUGAUGGGAAGGUUCACAAGCUCACUCUGAAGAACUUGGCACCCCAGGAUGGAGGAACUAUUACCUUCCAAAUCCGCAAGCUGAAAGAGUCCGUCACACUUAGGGUUAAAGAAAAGCGUGCUGUUUUCCUGAAGUCUCUAGAUGAUGUCAUUGGAGAAGAAAAAGGCAUGGUAACCCUGGCAUGUGAGGCAUCAAAGCCAAGGGUCUCCCCCACAUGGAGAAAAGAAGGUAAAGUCUUAAAAGCAGGACCAAAGUAUGAGCUCCUUCACACAGGCAAGUCUUUGGGACUGAUCAUCAAGGAUGUCACCAAAGAAGAUGCUGGAGAGUACAGUUGUGAUCUUGGCACUGAGGUUUCUAAAUCAAAAGUCACCAUAAGAGAAAUUGGCAUUGGAAUCACAAAAUGGCUGAAGUCAGCUGAGGUGAAUGAAGGAGAGACAUGCAGCUUUGAGUGCAUCCUGUCUCGUGAAAGCACAGAUGAGUGCUCCUGGACUGUUAAUGGUCGAACUAUUGCCAAUGGAGGCCGCUUUAAGAUCUCCAGUAAAGGACGCAAGUACAUGCUGACUAUUCAAGAUGUCACCCCUGCAGACGGUGGUGAGGUGGUCUUCAACCUUAAAGACCUCAGCUCCAAAACAACAUUAACAGUUGAAGGCAAAGCGUCAUCUGUAUCAAAAGGCCUACAGAAUAUUUGUGCCAUUCAAGGGGAAGACGCUGUGUUUACCUGUGAGGUGAUACAUGCUAGUUCUACUGUGAAAUGGGCCAAGGAAGGCAAAGCCAUCAAAAAGAGUCAGAAGUAUGACAUCAACCAACAGGAUAAGGUCAUAAAGCUGACCAUCCACAGUGUGUCUACGCAAGACUCUGGAGAGUACAGUUGUGAAGUUGUUGGAGGUGCAACCACCAGAGCCAGGCUGGAAGUCAAAGAUCCAAUCCAUAAAUUCACUAAAGCGUUAAAGGACAGCCAAGCAGAUGAGAAUGGCUCUGUGACCUUGCAAUGUGAGACGGCACAAACCCCAUCCACGGUGAUAUGGCUUAAAGGUCACACAGAGCUCAAGGCUGGAGGUCGAUAUUUGAUGUCCCAGAAGGAGGGGGUCUUGACUCUGAUCAUCAAACAGCUGGAGGAGAAAGAUACUGAUAUCUACACUUGUGAUGUGGGCACCGCCAAGAGCAUGGCCAAGGUGACUGUUAAAGCUCUGCCCGCCAGUUUUAAUGAGAAGCUCAAAAACCAGGAGAAAAUGGAAGGGGAGACAGUGAUGCUUCGCUGUGAGUUGUCAAAACCUGGAGCCAACAUUCAGUGGAAGAAAGGCUCUGAAGUUCUCAAACCAGGAGAGAAGUAUGACAUGAAGCAGAAGGAGACCAUUUGUGAACUUCAGAUUCUACAUUUGAAGGUUGAAGAUAAUGGAGAGUACUCGUGUGUGUGUGGAGACCAGAAGACAUCUGCAACCUUGAAAGUUAAUGCUUUGCCAGUGACCUUCAAACAAUCGUUGGAGAGUCAGGAGGCUGAGGAGGGAAACAGUGUUACUCUGUGCUGUGAGCUCUCUAAACCUGGAGUCCCAGUGGAGUGGAAGAAGGGAACACAGGUCCUGAAAUCUGGAGAGAAGUACCAGAUGAAGCAGAAGGCCUCUGUGAACGAACUGGUGAUCAACAAGGUGCUGCCAGAAGACAGUGGAGACUACAACUGUGUGUGUGGAGACCAGAAGACUACAGCCAGCAUCAAGAUCAAGGCCCAACCAGUGACCUUCAAGCAGAAGUUGGAGAGCCAGGAGGCUGAGGAGGGAAACAGUGUCACUCUGUGCUGUGAGCUCUCUAAACCUGGAGUCCCAGUGGAGUGGAAGAAGGGAACACAGGUCCUGAAAUCAGGAGAGAAGUACCAGAUGAAGCAGAAGGCCUCUGUGAAUGAACUGGUGAUCAACAAGGUGGUGCCAGAAGACAGUGGAAACUACAGCUGUGUGUGUGGAGACCAGAAGACCACAGCCAGCCUCAAGAUCAAGGCCCAACCAGUGACCUUCAAGCAAAAGUUGGAGAGUCAGGAGGCUGAGGAGGGAAACAGCAUCACUCUGUGCUGUGAGCUCUCUAAGCCUGGAGUCCCAGUGGAGUGGAAGAAGGGAACACAGGUCCUGAAAUCUGGAGAGAAGUACCAGAUGAAGCAGAAGGCCUCUGUGAACGAACUGGUGAUCAACAAGGUGCUGCCAGAAGACAGUGGAGACUACAACUGUGUGUGUGGAGACCAGAAGACUACAGCCAGCGUCAAGAUCAAGGCCCAACCAGUGACCUUCAAGCAGAAGUUGGAGAGCCAGGAGGCUGAGGAGGGAAACAGUGUUACUCUGUGCUGUGAGCUCUCUAAGCCUGGAGUCCCAGUGGAGUGGAAGAAGGGAACACAGGUCCUGAAAUCAGGAGAGAAGUACCAGAUGAAGCAGAAGGCCUCUGUGAAUGAGCUGGUGAUCAACAAGGUGGUGCCAGAAGACAGUGGAAACUACAGCUGUGUGUGUGGAGACCAGAAGACCACAGCCAGCCUCAAGAUCAAGGCCCAACCAGUGACCUUCAAGCAGAAGUUGGAGAGCCAGGAGGCUGAGGAGGGAAACAGUGUCACUCUGUGCUGUGAGCUCUCUAAGCCUGGAGUCCCAGUGGAGUGGAAGAAGGGAACACAGGUCCUGAAGUCUGGAGAGAAGUACCAGAUGAAGCAGAAGGCCUCUGUGAAUGAGCUGGUGAUCAACCAUGUGGUGCCAGAAGACAGUGGAGACUACAGCUGUGUUUGUGGAGACCAGAAGACCACAGCCAGCGUCAAGAUCAAGGCUGCUAAACUGGAAUCUAAGAGGCAGGAGACCAAAGAAAUACAUGAAGUUUCCGUAGAGAUGUCAGCAGCAUCAGCAGUGACCUCCAAAGUUGCAGCUGACAAGCAGGAAUCCAAAACGAAAGUUGAAGCUCUCCCAGUUGUUUUCACAAGAGAGCUGGAAAGCCAAGCAGCUGAUGAGGGGGACAGUGUUACAUUACACUGUGAGCUUUCUAAACCUGGUGUUCCUUUGGAGUGGAAGAAAGAACAACUUGGUCUUUGUCCUUGUGCCAAGUAUGAGAUCAGACAAACAGGACACUUGGCUACUUUAGUAAUCCAUGACGUAGAACCAGAGGAUUCUGGGAGUUACACAUGUGACACUGGUGACCACCUAAGCACUGCACAAGUGGCUGUGAAGGCCAAGCCAGUCCUUUUCAAAACCCACCUGCAGAACCUUGAAAGGCAGGCAGGAGACUGUGCUAGUCUUCUCUGUGAGACCACAAAGCCGGGAGCAAAUGUGCUCUGGAGGAAUGGUGACAGGGUGCUGACGUCCAGCAGCAAGUAUCACCUGAAACAGGAAGGGACUAUAGUCGAGCUUGUCAUCUAUAAACUGCAGGGAACUGACUCCGGAGAAUACUCCUGUGAUACAGGCAGCCACAAGACUUCAGCUGUCCUCACUGUGCAGGAAGUCGAGGUUACGAUACUGAAAUUCCUGGAGAGCUGCGUUGUAUAUGAUGGUGAAGAUGUCCGCUUUGAGUGCCUGGUUUCUCAUGAGGAGACACCUCUGGCUCAGUGGAAACUCCAAGAUGUCCCAUUACAGAAUAAUGAAAUGAACCUGAUCAAGAACGAGGGACGGGUACAUAGUCUCACGCUCAGAGGUGUCACUGCAGCUGACUCAGGAACAGUCACUUUUACUGUGGGAAGCCACACGUCUACUGCUUCUCUGACAGUGAGAGCUGCACCUGUAUUAUUCAAGAAGGAGCUGGAAAGUCAAGAGGCCCGUGAAGGAGGUGAAGCCUCCCUGUCCUGCGAGACAUCCAGCCCUGAUUGCAAGGUGACCUGGCGGAAGGGAUCAACAGUCCUCACCCAUGGGAAGAAGUACACCAUGGAGCACAGAGCUACCACACACAUUCUGGUUAUACACAAGCUGGCCAUGGAGGACAGUGGAGAGUAUACCUGUGAUACAGGAGACAAGAAAAGCGCUGCUACACUGACUGUAAAAGAGCAUGUGCGCAUCAUCAGAGAACUCUGCGAUAUUACUGUGACCACUGGGCAGGAUGCAGUCUUUGAGGUCGAGCUGUCGCACUCGGGUGUCACCAGCGGGGAAUGGUGGCUGGGAGACAACCUUCUUCAAAAUAAUGAUCUGAAUCAAAUGAGCAGCCAGGGCAAAGUGCACCGUUUAGCCCUGAAGAUGGUUACCUCAGAUGAAUCAGGGGAUGUUGCUUUCGUAGUAGGAGAGGAGAAGAGUGUGGCCUGUCUUCUGGUGGAGGAGAAACCCAAAGUGCUAAUAUUAGAGAAGCCGCACAACACUCUGGCAUUAGAGGGUGAAACUGUCACUCUGGCCUGCACCAUCUCUGAUCCCAACGCUACAGUCACCUGGAUCAGAAACAACGUGGCCAUCCAAGCAGGUCUCAAGUAUGAACUGAGGAAGAAUGCUGCCUUCCAUCAGCUUCGUAUCCACAACGUGAUGCCUGAGGACUCAGGGACGUACAUUUGUGACACUGGAGAUGCACAGUGUGAUGUCAAGUUGACUGUGGAAGGUGCCCCAGCAUUCUUCAAGAAAGAGCUCAAGAACCAGGACACGGUAGAGGGUAAUGAUAUUACCCUGCACUGUGAGUUGUCUAAACCAGGUGUUCGUGUUGAGUGGAGGAAAGGAGGCAUUGUCCUCCAGCCCGGUAAGAAGUAUGAGAUGAGGCAGAAAGGGUGCAUUCACGAGCUCUGUAUACGGAACCUGGAGCCUGAAGACAGUGGCUACUACACCUGUGAUGCAGGAGACCAGCUCACUACAGCUUCUUUAGCAGUGCAAGUGAAAGAAGUCUUCAUUGUUUGUGGUCUUAAGACCACUGACGUCUUUGUUGGAGAAUGGGCAACUUUCUCCUGCGAGCUGUCUGGUAGGGCGUCUGGCAAGGUGCAGUGGUGGCUGGAUGGCACCUUGCUGGAGAACAGCCCUUUUAGUGAGAUAGGGCUGAGCCAGGGCCACAUCCACACACUCACCUUAAAGAACCUGGCCACAGAUGACUCUGGCACUGUCACCUUCAAAGCUGGCAAUUUAACAUCAACAGCCAAGCUCUUAGUCAAAGAUCCCACAGUUGAAGUGGUGAGCGAGAUGGAGGACCUUCGGGUGGUUGAAAACCAACCGGCUGAGUUCAUCUGCCAGUUCUCAAGGCCAGUCAAGGCUCAGUGGAAGAAAGAUGGGCAACCUUUGCAGCCUGAUGGCCGAAGGGUGGUAGUGGAGCAGGACUGGAAUGUGGCUCGCUUGUACAUUAGCCGUGUGUCCGCUGAGGACAAAGGCGCAUACUCCUGUGAGGCAGAGGGGACCUGCGUGGUCGCUUCACUUCAUGUGGAAGCUAAACCAAUUCACAUUGUUCAGGGUCUGGAGAAUGUGGAAACUUUUGAUGGAGGAGAAGCUCUGUUUGAGUGUGCCCUCUCCCGUCCUGAAAACAAAGAUUACUGCUGGCUUCUUGAUGGAAAACCAGUGAAAGAAUCCCCCACAGCUGAGAUUGUGUUGUUUGAGAGUGGUCGCCGCCAUCUGCUCCUGCUGAAAGAGUUGCAUGUUAAAGACAGUUGCACAGUGACCUUUAAAUCUGGCACAGCGUCCACAUCUGCUCAGCUCUCUAUCAAGGGCUGGCAGCUGGACAUUGUGAAGGGCUUGGAGGACAAAGUGGCUGCAGUGGGAGAGAAGGCUGAGUUUUGUGUUCAGCUGACUGAGCCUGUCCCUGUGGCAGAGGUGGCCUGGUACGCUAACGGAGUUGAGCUCAAGCCCAGUGACCUCUGGGCUAUGAGAGCUGAUGGUUGUUCGUAUCGCCUUGUCCUGAGACAGGCACCCCUUUUGCCCCAGCAGGAAAUUACAUUCGCCGCUAGAGAUGCUCUCUCUUUGGCGAAGCUCACCAUCAUCACUGUACCUGAUCCUCCAGAAGAUCCAGAAGUCCUCAGUAAGACUAAACAAUCUGUCACCCUCUCUUGGUUCACACCUCUUCACGAUGGAGGGAGUCCCAUUCUGGGCUAUAGGGUGGAGAUGCGGCUGGUAGACAGUGCCCUCUGGCUUCCAUGUCAUUCUGAGCCUGUGUGUAACACAGAAUUUGUAGUUGAAAAUCUCAUCGCAGGAAGCAGCUACAGGUUCAGAGUGGCAGCUAUCAACAGAGCUGGAACUGGAGAGCCUGUCGAGCUCCCUCAGACUGUACAGCUUGAGGCGCCUACACAGCCACGAAUUAGCCCAGAUAUAGAUGCAAAACAGGUGGACACAGAGAUACUGGGACAGCCCAGUCUGCCUCCUGAAGCUGCUGAAGAAGCUGAUCUCCAUGAGCUGUGGGAAGCAUCAGCCAAGAAACGGCGCAUGAGUCGAGAGCCCACUCUCGAUUCCAUCUCUGAACAGCCUGAAGAAGGCGGUAAAGGUGGUCAGAAGAAAUCAGAACAGAUUCAGUCAGAGAAAGUGGAAAUAAAAUCGGCAGACAAACAAACUGUCACUGUGUCUAAGAAGCAGACAGAAUCCAAUUUGUCCACCACCUCUGAGGAUGAGUCUGUGUCUGGGGGUUUAACACUUGUAUCUUACCUCAAAAAGAGCAGCACAACUGCUGUCACAGCGACCAAUGAGACAGAGACUAUGACCGCUGACAGAUUCUUUGCACAUUUCCAAAUGGCAGAGCAGAGAACAGUGCAGAAAACUGAGGUGAAAACAACAACAAUACAGCAAACAGAUGAAAAACAGGUGUCUGCAGAGGAGACUAGCAUCAUGGAGAUCAGUAAAGAGGAUGAGCCUGAACUCAGAGAGGCUGCCAUCAAGAUUCAAGCUGCCUUCAAGGGUUACAAAGCUCGCAAAGACAUGCGUCCUGUCUUUAAAGAUGUCUUCAAAGACCAGACUAAAGAACCUAAUGGUACUAUACAACUUGAAUGCAUAGCAGACGGUAAACCUGAUAAGGUACGCUGGAUGAAAGAUGGAGAGCUACUGACAGAUGGCAAGCAUCAUCAUAUUGAUAUUUACAAUGAUGGCACCUGCUCUCUGGUCAUUACUGCCAUUACCACCAAGGACACUGGGGUUUACACUUGUGAGGUUACCAACAAGUUUGGAGUAACUUCUCACAGUGGUAAGGUGACUGUAGGAACAAUGAGAGAGUCAUCGGGACGACGUCCACUGACAGUGGGCUACAGUGCAGACAGUGAACCUGAGAGCUCCUCUGGUAGUGAGAUGGAUGAAUCACUGAGGCAGGCAAGCCGACGCCUGAGGCGCCUGUUACGCACACGUCUCCCACCAGAUGUUGAGGAAGAACCGUUUGUCAGCGCAGAUGAAGGAGACUUGCGUCCCCCAGAUCCUCACUCUUACCGUGAAGAUGAAAAUUACAUCUACAUUCGCUUUGAUUCACAGACAGAGGCUGAGGUUGCUGCUAAGAGGUUCCAGGAAAUGUUUACAGUCCAUGGGGUCCCUGUGGAGACCACCAUUCUGCCAGCAGGGCCUCUCAAAGUGGAGCUGCGGAUUGGAAAGAUGGGCUACAUGCAAGAUGGAACACAGACACCAACACAAGAUAGACAGCCUCCUGCUUUUAUGACUGGAGCUCCAGCUGCCCCGGUCUUCUUGACAGAGCUGCAAAGCCAGGAUGUUCCAGACGGUUAUCCAGUCAGCUUUGACUGCGUUGUUAUUGGCAAGCCCCUGCCCACUGUUCGCUGGUACAAAGAUGGUAAACUGCUGGAGGAGAAUGAUCAUUACAUGAUCAAUGAAGACCAGGAGGGCUGCCACCAACUCAUCAUCACCUCUGUGUUGCCCACUGACAUGGGUGUCUACCGCUGCACGGCUGAAAACAGCAGUGGCAUUACAGCCACUAAAGCUGAGCUCAGGGUUGACAUGUCAUGCAGCUCAGAUUAUGACACUGCUGCUGAUGCCACUGAGACAUCUUCCUAUGUCAGUGCCAAGGGCUACGCGUCCAGCAGGGAAACUGAGACCUUUGAGUCCGUAGCUGAAGAUGAUCAGCUGCCACAGGUUGUGGAGGAGCUUCAUGAUGUUCAUGUCAGUCCAGGUGCACCUAUAGCAAAGAUGCAGCUCAGAGUUAAGGGUUUCCCCAAACCCAGAGUGUAUUGGUUCAAAGAUAGCCACCCUCUGCGACCUUCAAAAAGGAUUCUGUUGUCAGCAGAAAGAGAUGUUCAUGGCGUGGAGAUCAUGGAAGUGAAGAAAGAGGAUAUGGGGGAGUACUCUGCUUACAUCAGCAAUGUAGCGGGUUCUGCCUACUCCUCUGCCCGACUGAUAGUCUUGAAUCCAGGGGAGAUUAUGCCACAAGAUAAAAAAGAUCCCAAAGUGCCCCUGGUGCCACCCCGCUUCCUGGAGAGGUUUAGCAACAGGAAGGUGAAACGAGGAGCAAGCAUCACUCUCUCUGUCAAAGUAGAAGGGUCUCCUACUCCCAUGGUCUCCUGGCUAAAGGAGGAAUCGGUGGAGGAUGUCUUGUGGAUCAAGCCUGAAACUAAGGGAUAUAAAAUAGCAAGCUCUGGACGCCAGCACAGCCUCAUCUUGAUGGACGUGGGCACAGAGUACAGUGGUGCCUACACUUGUAUUGCCACAAAUAGAGCAGGACAGUCCAUCUGCACUGCUCACCUCGAGGUGGAUGACACAUCACACCCGAAGAAAGAGACCGUAGCCUCGGAGGUUCUUGGAAUUACAGUUAGCCCUCCAAAGGAGGAGGCUCGCAGUGGAAAAGAGGGUAAAAUGCCCUACCUCGGUGAAGUAGGUACAGAGGAAUUCCUCAUGAAACUCACCUCUCAGAUCACUGAGAUGGUAUCAGCGAAGAUCACCCAAGACAGUUUACAGAAUCAUGAAGUGCUCCAGUGGAUGAAAUCUUGGCCCAAAACAACCACUUCAUUACGUGUACCGGGUGCUGACAGUGAUGAUGAGACCAAAACGCCUUCUCCAUCGCCUCAUCACGGUCGCUCUCGUCCUCCCUCCCUCAUUGCUGACUCCUCCUCUGAGUCCGAUGAAGGGGACGCCAGGGGAGAGAUGUUUGACAUCUAUGUGGCAACAGCUGACUACAACCCCACCAUGGCAAGCAAAGAUUCCAUCUCUCUAAAGGAGGGACAGUAUGUUGAGGUUCUGGACUCUGCUCAUCCACUCAAGUGGUUAGUUCGGACCAAACCCACUAAAACGACUCCAUCACGUCAAGGCUGGGUCUCACCUGCGUAUCUGGACAAAAAACUCAAACUCUCUGCUGAUACCGGGGACCUUCCUGAAACAAAUGUAGAGGAGGUGUCCGAGGGGGAGUACAAGAGAAAGUUGUUCCAAUUGAUCCAGGACUUGGUAAAUGGAGAAUCAGAGUUUGUCAAGGAGGUGGAUUUCUUUACUUCUCAUCACGUGAAGCAUGCAGACAGCCCCGACGCACCGCCUGAUGUCUCCAGCCAAAAGGAGGCCAUUUUCAGGAACAUUAAUGAUAUCAAGUCCUUCCAUACCAAGGCAUUCCUCCCAAAGUUGAAUGACUGCGACACAGAUGACGAUGUAGCCAUGUGCUUCCUGAAGAACAAGGAGGGCUUUGAGAAAUACCUCCAGUAUCUUGUAGGUCAGAGUCGGGCUGAAUCUGCUAUCAGCGACAAGACUGUCCACCUCUUCUUUAAGGAGUACAGUGAAAAGGAGCAGGCCAGUGCAGACCCCGCUGGUCCACCUGUAAGAAGCAUCAACGCCUACCUACAGCAACCACUGGACAGGGUUCAGAAGUACAAAGCUGCCCUCAAGGAGCUCAUUCGGAAUAAGGCAAGAAAUGGCCAAAACUGCUGCCUCCUGGAAGAAGCCUAUGCAGUGGUGUCUGCGCUCCCUCAACGUUCUGAGAAUACCCACCAUGUGUCCAUGAUUGAGAACUAUCCUGCCACCCUGGAAGUUCUUGGAGAGCCCAUUAGACAGGGACCUUUCCAAGUGUGGGAGGGAGCUCCUGGAAUCAGAACAUCCUCUAGAGGUCACCAUCGCCACGUCUUCCUCUUUAAGAACUACUGUAUCAUCUGCAAACCCAAGAGAGACAGCAACACUGAUACUCAGGCUUAUGUUUUCAAGAACAUGAUGAAGCUGAACAACAUUGAUGUAAAUGAAACAGUGGAGGGAGACGACCGUGCCUUUGAGAUAUGGCACGAACGUGAAGACUCCGUAAGAAAAUACACCUUACAGGCUCGAACUGUUACCAUCAAGAACUCGUGGCUGAGAGACCUCCGAGAACUGCAGCAGCGAUACAGCAUGCCUGCUUGGAGUCCCCCUGAUUUCGAAGAAAUUCUGGCAAACUGCACAGCAGAGUUGGGCCAGACUGUUAAGCUGGCCUGCAAAGCCACAGGAGUACCCAAACCUGCAAUCACCUGGUAUAAGGAUGGACGCACAGUGGAGGCAGAUCCUCAUCACAUCAUUAUUGAGGACCCUGACGGUUCCUGCACCCUGAUCCUGGAUAAUAUGACUGCAGAUGAUUCUGGCCAGUACAUGUGUUUUGCCACAAGCUCAGCUGGCAAUGCUAGUACUCUUGGAAAAAUCACAGUUCAAGUACCUCCUCGCUUUGUGAAUAAGAUCAGGAAUGCUGUCUUUGUUGCUGGUGAGGACGCUCAGUUUACCUGUGUAAUACAAAGCGCACCCACCCCCAAGAUCAGGUGGUUCAAGGAAGGCAGGCUGCUGACUGACCAGGAAAAAUAUCAAACCUACAGUGAGCUCCGCAGUGGGGUUCUGGUUCUGGUAAUUAAAAACCUGACCGAGAGAGACCUUGGACACUACGAGUGUGAGCUGUCCAACCGCCUGGGAAACGCCAAGUGUGCUGCAGAUUUAGUCCUUCCCUCUGCUGUGGCUCGCACUGGUGAACAGGCCAUCACCAUUGAAGUUACAGAACAGGAGACUAAAAUACCAAAGAAAACCAUUAUCAUUGAAGAGACUAUAACCACUGUGGUGAAGAACCCACGCAUGAGGAGACACAGAUCUCCUGGCUUGACGGUUGCUGGUGCCCACCGCUCCGAGACUUCCACGCCUGAGCCUCCUACGGCGCGGCAGAAGAGGAUGCCCGCUCAGAGAAAGACCACCAUCCCAACUCUGUACGUCACUGAGCCUCAGGGCGCUGAAGCCCGGGUGAUGGAUAGCAAGCCCAGGUGGGUUGAAGUAGAGGAGGUCAUUGAGUAUAAGGUCAAUAAGUCUCCCAGGCUGCCUCGGAGGAGAGGAAUCUCUCCGGCAGGGUCUGAGCGUGCAUCCACUCCCUCGAGACCCAAAAGAUCUCCGCUGGAAAACCCAAAUACUAACAAUUCCAACAACAAGCUGGUGGAUCAAGCUCAGGCCCAGCUGCAGGGAGACAUCAGCAGCCAGCCGCUCUCCUGGGAGGAAGAGGAGACUCCUGCUGCCUCUGGAGAACCACAUGAGGUCUCAUCUGUCCUUACCACAGCUGGAGAGGACAGUGACGAUCUGGACGAUCAACACACUGUCAUCUUUGAACCUGAUGAUGAAGAUAAAGAAUGUGGUCAGUUCAGAAAGCACGAGCCUGUUGUCCUCAAACAAGGAGAUCACGUUUUGACCCUCGAGGACUUGGAGGAUUACAUCCCAGAAGAAGGAGAGACUUACGGCUCCUCCGCCUCCCAUCCUGUUCCUGAUGAAAAGCCCUGUGAGAUCUCUGUGCUCCAGAGGGAGAUCGGCGGGUCUUCAGUGGGGCAGCCGGUGCUUCUUAACGUCGGGCGUCCUGACAUGGUGCCGAGGCAGAGGAGCGGCUUCUUCGGUCGCUUCAGGGAGCAUCUCUCCAGUAGCCUUUUCUCGUCUGCUGCCCCACAGGCCAGUGGAGCCCGAUCCAGGAUGGAGAGGGACGUCCCCAUCCAAGUGAGCCACGCAAAGCUGGAAUUGAAGCCUUCAUACUGCUCAGAGGUGCAGAGAGUUGAGGGCGGGCAGCGAAGCUUCAAAACCAAAGUGUCCACUCAGACCUACGGUUACACAUCAGUUGGCAACCCUGUCACUCUUCAAAUUCGGGAUAACAAUUACCAGAACCAGUAGAAGCCAACAAAGUUUAUUUGACACCACGAACCCUCUUAGUCUUAAAUGAGGAUGUUUCUACUUGCAUGAUUAAAAAAAAAAAAAAAGACGAAUCCUAACCUGCGGUACAUUUACUACAUUUGACAAACCAUUCCAUUUUGAAGUUGCCAAUCAGAAAAUAGGCUCAUCCGCAGAGUUGUUUUCUUGACAGAUGUUUGGAAUCAGAUGGUCUCUUUGGAUUGGGUGAGUUGGAAACCGUAGGGAUAACUAAGUCACUAUAAGCAGGCUUCAGACCCAUGCUGUUCUGUUACAGCUGCUAAAACAUAAAGAGUGUGAGUUGUACAGUAUACGUGGUGGACAGAAGCCAAGAAAUGACUCUGACUUUCUGCUGACUAACAAUUUCAGUGUGUGGUAUUGAGUUGAAAUUCGUACGAAAACAUUCACCGCCAUUUUCAUUGAUACAUACCUUCAUAAAUACCUUCACUAAAUCAUGGACUUGAUUCACCAAUAUUAACUGAUCAAAGCGUCAUCAUCCUGAUGGCUGCUGUUGUAUACAUACACAGAUAGAUAAACAUUUAGGUAUUUAUAUUUUUUUCGGAUUUACUUUUGUACCUUUCAAGAAAUGAGUUUGUGAGGUGAUGACUGCAAGUUUUACUCAUUUUAAACAAGCAGCACUGACUAUAAAUCUAGCAGCAUAACUUUGGUGACUGUUUAAGUUCAAUCAAAGAUGUUUGAUCAAAUUAUGGAGUUAGGAUUCUGUACUAGGUUGGAGUUUAGGAGUUUUUUUUGGUGAGCAGCUCAUGCAAAUAUAACACUUAUACAGUACAAGCAGAUCAUUUGGUAGAUGAACUGAUAGUCUGUUUUACAUUUGCAUCAUUAAUUAUUGUGCAGCACAUGUUCCUGCCAUGAACUGUGAACUGAAUUUUGUACUCAGCUUUUUGUUAAUGCAGUGCGAUUACCUGCAAACUCACAGGCUGCAACGGGGAUAAUCACGUGUAAGUGACACAUAUUUAAUUGCGUGCCUGCAUGUAUUUGCUUCUCUAAAGCAGAUGGUGUUUAUCCAGACUAACUUGAACCGUCUCCUUAUAUCAAAGUGCAAAUGUUUGUGUAAAACACUUGAGCUCACUGGAUUUACUCCCUUUUUAAUGCAUUUUAAUUGACUAGAAUAACUUUCUCCUGAGAGAUGUGUGUCGUUUGUGUUGCUUAAAGGUGUUUUCAGUCAGUUACAAGGGUUACGUUAUGUAUUAUUAUUAAAGCACUAACAGAUUGUAAUUGCUUGCACUGUACAUGUGUAGUUUUGGACAAAGUAAGGUUGAGUACAAAGUGUUGAAUUAAAUAAAUGUACUGCAAAUACUCA